AAAUGGGCGUGCUCUCAUAUGGUGCUCUAUAGAAUAAUAAAAAUGGCGGAUGAUUUUGAUGAACUGUUGAAUGAAGUAGAGACGAGCUAUUGUCCAGUGAAGGAGCCUCAGAAAAGACUUCUCCCAUCAGAUAAAUACAGUAGGGACAUUGAUACUGAGAUUGAUGAACUCUUAGAUAUUGAUGAGGGAGAGGUGGAGGGAGGAGGUGAGAGGGCAGAGACUAAAGAUGACUCUGUUUUUAAAAUAAAAACUAAACAAGCAACUAACGGAAGAAAAUGCCAUCCAGUGUUAAUUGGUGGGUCUGGUAUUGAAUUAAAAUAUAACGACAAUAAAAACCAUGGUUGUGACCAGUUACGUUGUCUCUCAUGUGAUUCAAGUGUUUUAUCGUUUAAUAAUUACUCCUGGAUUGAUGAUGUGGAAUAUUUAUUUUUUAGAAAUAAUUAUCCGAAUAAUAAAAAAUUAAAAACCAAAUUAGUCUACAGUGAAGGUUACAGAUCUUAUGCCUGUCAGUGUUCAUGGAUUCAUGUUAAUAAAUUAGUUAAUAUUAAUAAUAUGAAAUCAUUGAAAUGGACCUGUGGGAGACAUUAAUAUUAAUAUCAGUAUAAUGAAAUUAAUAAUAAUCAUUAUUAUUUUUUCCAUUAGGUACUGCUGUUAUUAUCACUUAUUAAUGACAUUUUUAAUAUUAACUAUUAUAUCACUUUUAAAAUGUAUUGAAAUAUUUUAUGCAA